AUGAAUGAGCCUAACUACUUCAAUGUCCCGUUGGGAACACAGGCGUCAUCUACCUACACCUCUACCUCACUUUUUCCAACCGGACCUAAAUAUGAAAACUCAAUGAGGCAUCAGCCUAGCCUACCUUCGAUGCCAGAGCAUGUUUUCUCAGCCCCUUUGCCUUCCAACAGCACCACACCUCGUCCUAUAAACCGACAGUCUGUUGAGUCGUCUUCGGGGUUCAGCGUCGACCCUCCACGACCUCCUCGCGAUGGGUUCGACUACACAAGCAAAGGCUUCUUCAAAUGGCGAAACCGCUCAACAAAGUCCGCAAGUGAAUCUGACGUCCAAGACCUGGCGCUUGCCUCUCCUUUGACAUCGCUUUCGGCGCCACCCAACUUCCAAGGCUUUGAGCCACCACCGCCAAGACCACCUUCCAGUCCCUUUGUCUCUGAAUCGGCGCACGUCUUCUCUUUGCAACACCCUAGCGUCACUCAAUUCUCGGAUCAGAUUCUAGAUUCCAGCUCGGUCUCGCGAAGGGAUAGUACAGAUUCUAUCUCGCCGAUGAAUAAUUACUCUCUACCCUCGCGAACAAUAAGUACUCCACCUUCUACACCACCUACCACCGGGAGUCUCUAUGGAAAAGCAAAGAAAAGUAUCGGAUCCAAGUUGAAGUUCAAAAUUCGCAGAGAGAUCACACCACCUCCAGCAAUAUUUGAGCAUGAACACCAAUGUUCAGGUAUGAACGGUACUGAAAACUACUCCAGUAUGCAUCAAGUCACAAAAACGGGGGCUUGGUACAAGGAUGAUGUCUCAAAAACCAAGCUCCGUCGAAGAUUCUUUGGCCGCCCGCCGUGGACCCGUAAACAGUCGGCAGACUCUUAUAGCAGCGUGACUAGCUCAGUGAGGGAGAUACUGAAAGGUGAGACUCCUCCCCCAUCUCUGGGUUCAAGUUGUACUUCUUUGCAAGUCAACUGUGUUGAUAGCCCAUAUCCAGGAGGGGAAGCGAAACGCAUCAAGACUCCUCCACUAGCUGAAGACACUGCAAGCGGACGACCACGUUCGUUCUUCACCGAAACAGUCGCUCCUGUCGAAGAUGAAAUGGAUUUCCAAGCCUGUUCUUCAAGAAGACACUCCCUACAGACAGUCCGACGUACCAGCUAUGCUCCUGAUACAUGCGAGUGGUGGGAGAGGAUCCCUAAGAAACCAGUUCGCAGGAAUCCUUUCGAGGAGCCACUUCCUUUCAAGUUCCAAAUCCUGGAACAUUUACCAAGCAGUCCAAUGUGUCCGGCGAACGAGAGGCAUGUCAGUGGUGGAAAGGGCGUUUGUGUUUAUCACGGCCGCAGAAAAGGGGCAUCAAAACUGAGGUCAUGA